AUGAUCAUCGGGGGAGGCAAUAACGCAUCUAUCAACAGCGUGAAGUUCACCACCACUCACAAUCUCAAGCGGUCAAUCACCCACGAACGGUAUGACGAACUCAGAGAAAGUAUCUACUUCGAUAAGUCGGAUGCCCACGGUUUGGUCUUUCCUUACUAUGAUGCCCUUGUCAUUACUUUACGUGUUUUUGAUACUGAUGUAAGAUGUAUCAUGGUCGAUGAUGGAAGUGGCACGUGCAUCAUCCAUCCUCGAGUUCUCACCCAAAUGAAGCUCGAGAACAGAAUAGUGCCACAUUGCAUCACGCUAACAGGUUUUAACAAUGCAGUUGAGCGGACAUCUGGAGAAAUCACGCUGCCCGUCUUGGACGGCGGCGUCACCUUGGAGAUCACAUUCCGCAUCAUGGACCAGGAUAUGGCGUACAACGCCAUCAUAGGCCGACCAUGGAUACAUGACAAGAAAGCCGUCCCCUCCAGUUUGUACCAAGUCAUUAAAUUUCCCAGCCCCUGGGGAGUAUUUAGCAUCCGGGGAGAGCAACGAACGGCCCGAGAAUGCUACCGCAUCGCCCAAGAUUACACAUACACCCAAAAGUCGAAAGAAAAAGCUGAGGAAGCAUAG